AUGGAACUCGGUACCGCUAUAGCUGCCCUCGCCGGGGGUACAACCCUGGCAGCUUAUCUCGAUGCCAAAUUUCACCUACGCAAAGACACGCGAGCUGUGAUCGCUGUGAGAGGGGCGGAACGUGCCUUUGCGCGAGCAACCUCCGAUGGUCAACUCAAUGCUUGGUUCGUCUUUGUGGAGACGGCAAAGAAAUAUCCUGACACGAUUGCAAUUUGGACUCGAGAACGGACUUAUACAUACCGUGAUGUUCACGAAAUGGCAUGUCAAUAUGCCCAUUACUUCCUAUCUGAGGGAGUGAAGAAGGGUGACCUAGUUGCCUUCUACCUCCAGAACCGUGCAGAGUUUUUGAUCGGGUGGUUUGCUCUCUGGAGCAUCGGAUGUGCACCUGCUGCAAUCAAUUACAACCUCUCUGGGGAUGCAUUGAUUCACUGCCUGAAGAUAAGCGGCGCUACUCUCGUUUUGGCAGAUGAGGACCCAACUUGUCAUUCGAAUAUCGAAGAUUGCCGGACUACCCUCACUACUGAACUUGGUAUAAAACCUGUAACGCUAGACGACUCGCUCAGGCACCACAUCAGCACCUUUUCCACCGCACAUCCACCCGCGGAGAGGGCGUUGAAUGUCGAGACAGACUACCCUUCAAUUCUACUCUAUACAUCCGGUACAACUGGGAUGCCCAAGGCCACCGCAUUUACUACAGGCCGGAUGCACAGGGGCUUCAGUUUGCGAUCUAUAGGAGUUGGUGAUAUUCCAGGGCCCAAUGGCGACCGUUGGUACAGUUGCAUGCCAUUGUAUCACGGCACCGCGGCCAUUUGCGUCGGAACAGCUCUAGCACUUGGAGUGAGUGUUGCACUGGCCCCGAAAUUCAGUGUUCGCAACUUCUGGACCGACAUCCGUGACUCCGAUUCUACCUUAUUCGUCUAUGUGGGAGAGACCGCUCGCUAUCUAUUAGCGCCUCCGCCCUCUCCCCAGGACCGCAACCACAAAGUAAGAGGCAUGUAUGGCAAUGGUCUUCGCCCUGAUGUAUGGGACAAAUUCCGAGACCGAUUCGGCAUCCCUGAAAUCCUCGAGUUCUUCAGCAGCAGCGAAGGUGUUUUUAAUCUGCUAAAUCGCAAUGUCGGCCCCUUCACUUCUGGGUGUGUGGGUCACCAUGGUUUGCUGCUGCGCGGCCUUUUCCGCAACAUCUUCGUCCCUGUAUCUAUUGACUCAGAGACCGGCGAGGUCCUCCGUGACAGCAAAACGGGAUUCGCUAUCCGUCCAACUUUGGAGGAAGGUGGCGAGAUUUUGGUCAAUAUUCCCAAUGAGCAGGCUUUCCAGGGGUACUGGAAAAAUGUGUCAGCCACAGAGAAGAAAUUCUUACGCGAUGUUUUCGUUAAGGGUGAUCUGUAUUACCGGUCGGGUGAUGCCCUCCGUCGUGACAAUGAUGGUCGUUGGUACUUUGUAGAUCGGCUUGGUGAUACAUUCCGCUGGAAGAGUGAGAACGUUUCAACAGCAGAGGUGGCUGAAGUUCUGGGACGAUUCCCCGGCAUUCAGGAGGCUAAUGUUUAUGGUGUCCUCGUUCCAAACCACGAAGGUCGCGCUGGCUGUGCAGCACUUCAGAUCAGCCCCGAAGCCAGGCAUAGUCUGGACUUUGCGGAGCUUGCUCGCUUCGUUCGUUCCAAGCUACCGCGUUAUGCUGUUCCCGUUUUCUUGCGCGUGGUCCAGGACUCUACCCACAUUCACAAUAACAAACAGAACAAAGUGCCGCUUCGAGAUGAAGGUGUCGAUCCUGCCUUGAUUGGCACCAAGGCACCGGAUGGAAAGGAUGAUCGGUUCUUGUGGCUUGCUCCCGGUGAGGAGGCAUAUGUACCAUUCGGAGAAAGGGAAUGGGAACGUCUGACGAGUGGAGGCGCUCGCCUGUAA